UGUUUUGAAACGGUAUUUGUAGUUCAGCUCAGCAGCACUGACACAUGGAUUUACCAACUUCGUUGUUCGCUUAGAUGAGCCAUAAACAUAAACAUGUCGUUUAAAGUAGCGAAAUCGGAGUGUUUGGACUUCAGUCCACCGCUUGAUUCUCACUGUAGUCGCGAUAAAUCCGGUAAGGAAAACAGCAGUUCGAUUCCUGUGCUGAGUUUACUUCAGUUUUCCAGAGCUCCUUUCGUGUCGUUCGGGACGAUCAAGUUGGGAUCUUCGAAAUCUUUACCUUUACGAAUUGAAAAUCCCACUGAUGAUGCCACAGCUACAGUCAUUGUGGAUAAAAUCUCAGCAUCCAAGGGCUUUUCGGUGGAUCAAAUGUCGUUCACAAUACAGCCUGAGGACAGUAUCAUUUUAACUGUUACAUGGACACCAGUGGAAGAAGGUGGGAUUCGAGAACUCCUCUGCUUUAUUGCAAAUGGCAUUGUCAAACAUCAAGCAAUAUUGCUUGGGAAAGCAGAGACGACAAAAAAGAAGAAGAAAACCUUGUGGGAUUCAAUUAAAUCCAAGAAGGGGGUACCUGCACCUUCAAAAGAGAAGAAAGUGUCAACAAUGCCUAUCAAAUCUGUAAAUAAGACGUUUCACGUGUCUCGUCAGUCACAAUACAGAAAAGACAGAACUUCAAACCCAUUGUCCCCAUUAAACCAAAAUGGGUCCAGAAGGGUAAACACACCAUCAUCUACUCCUGAGAUGCCAAAGCCUGCUUUUAUAACUGAAACUUUUGAUAAUGUACAUUUGCAAAAAGACUCGCCAGUGGUUGUCUUGGUGCCAGCAGAAAGAUUGCUUGAUACACCAGGUAAAAAGGAUGCACCUUCUUCACGUCAAAUAGAGUGCAGAGAAAUCACAAGAGUUUUGAAUAAAACUCUCUCUCCUGCCAGCACCCCAGAGAGGUUUAGAAAUCCAUUGUCGUCAGGCUUUCAGAGUCCACUUCCUGUGAUUGGACAAUUUGUGCAGGAUAAAAGUCGAGAGCCAGAGAAAUUGUCUCUGUCUGUAAAAGAUGCUCUGGAUGUUAUAGGAUCAGAUCUGUCGCAUACAGUAAGCCCACCGAAUGCUUGCUCAAGCUUCGAUUUUUCUGAUUCUCUGGAAUCUGACAAACCGGACCCAGGAGCGUCCUUUAGAGCAAGAAGAGUCAUUUCACCACCAGUUGAAACUGCUGACCCGAGGUUGACUUUCUGUGUGAAACCCAACAAAGCCAUAGGCAUUGCAUCAAAUCAAGAUGAAUUUAGGCUCAAGGCUUUACCUUUUAGCACCGCCACAGUGACAAAGUCAAUUAAAGUAGAUGACACCCAUGUCCCAGAUGACCCCAAGACGUUUCCUGUUAAUUCUGCCACAGUGGUCAAAAGCAAAGCAGAUGCUUCUGUUGAGAGUCCAGGACUGCGUAAGAAGAAAACCUCAAGGCGCAGACUCUUGGAGAAGACAUUGGAGCUUUCAGAGCCUAGUAAUGCAGAAUCCAACACAAGUUCUCCUGACAGCUUCUCUGCUCUACCAGUCAUCAACUCCGAUUCAAGUCCAGAUCUGCCACUGGAAUCGAAAAUUUGUCCAGUUGCAAAAAAGAAGCCAACUUUAAAUUUAUCCCCUCAUGACCAACUUUUGUCCUCUAUUUCUCCCAUACGACCUCAAGUUUUCCCCUCUGUUAGUAAUAGUCCGUCAAGCAGCUUAGAGCUGUCAGCCAGUCAUUUCUCUGAAAAAGUAAAACCAAAUCUUUUGGAGAAUCAGUUUCCCGUGCAAAGCAGGACAUUAGUGCAAAGUAAAAAAAGAAAAAGCGAUGAGUUUUUGAGAGGUCACUCAGAAGACAAGUCAAACAUCCAAGCAAAAAAAUGCCGAGCUCCUGCGCAGGCAACUGAGAAACCAAGUCAAGAAAGAACACUUACUUCAAGGUCUACAUCUGGACCACAACGAAAAGCUGUUGCACCCCCAAGCUCAAGAAAAUUCACAAGGUUUCCACCAAAGAAAAUCUCUCCAAAAACAGCUCAAAAAGAUGCUCGGUCUGUGAAGUCAGCCAAUAGCUCAACUCGAAAGACUGCGAGGAUAGUAGCUGUGGCACAGGCCAGACUGACCUUUAUGAAGCCGACACAGACGGCCAUUCCAAGGCAUCCAUUGCCAUUUGCGGCAAAAAACAUGUUUUAUGAUGAGCGAUGGAUCGAAAAGCAAGAGCGAGGCUUUACUUGGUGGAUGAACUACAUUCUCACUCCUGAUGACUUCAAAGUUGCUACUGAAGUUACCAAAGUGAAUGCCUUGUCAUUAACUAUGGGGAACGACAAAUUCAACAUACCAAAAGCACCAACAAAAGAAGAGAUGUCUUUUAGAACCUACACAGCACGUCAACGGCUCAACCGCCUUAGGCGAGCAGCUUGCAAGCUUUUUACAUCAGAAGCCAUGGUGAAAGCUAUCCAGAGGCUAGAACUGGAAGUAGAAGCCAAGAGACUCCUUGUGCGAAAAGACAGACAUCUCUGGAAAGACAUAGGUGAGCGCCAGAAAGUUCUCAACUGGCUCAUAUCGUACAAUCCACUUUGGCUGCGAAUUGGACUUGAGACAAUUUAUGGAGAGCUAAUAUCACUGGAAAGCAACAAUGAUGUCAUGGGACUGGCCAUGUUUAUUCUUGGGCGUCUGCUGUGGAACCCAGAUUUAGCCGCUGAGUUCAGACACUCUAAAGUGCCGCAUUUGUAUAGAGAUGGCCAUGAGGAGGCACUGUCUCGCUUUACACUGAAGAAACUAAUCCUGUUGGUCUGCUUUCUGGACAAAGCUAAAGAAUCCAGACUGAUUGAACAUGAUCCUUGUUUGUUUUGCAUGGAUGCUGAAUUUAAGUCAAGCAAAGAUCUGCUGCUGGCUUUCUCACGAGACUUCCUCAGUGGUGAAGGUAUUCUGUCUCGGCACCUCAGUCACUUGGGUCUCGCAGUAUCCCAUGUCCAAACUCCCCUUGAUGAGUUCAACUUUGCCGUGAAAAAACUCGCCGUUGACUUGAAAUGUGGCAUCCGUUUAGUACGGGUCAUGGAGCUCUUUACUCUGGACUGGACUUUGUCUCGGAAACUGCGCAUACCUGCUAUAAGCCGCCUGCAGAAAGUUCAUAAUGUUGAUUUGGCACUGCAGGUUCUGAAAAACAAAGGUGUUGACCUUCGAGAUGAACAUGGAGCAAACAUUGACUCCAGAGACAUUGUGGAUGGACAUAGGGAAAAGACCCUAAACCUCCUGUGGAAAAUCAUAUUUGCCUUUCAGGUGGAAGUGCUGCUUGAUGAGAAUCAGCUCAAAGAAGAAAUCAGUUUCCUCAGGAAAACCUGGAGAACAAAACAGAAACUGGCCUCAAUAAUGGCUAACAACAGUGUUACGGUGUCGAGAAUGAAGGCGAGACGAGCAUUUGAGCAUCCCAGUCAGAAAGUGACGCUUCUUAUGGACUGGGUCAAUGCUGUUUGUGAGUUCUACAGCUUGAAGGCUGAAAACUUCACCGUGUCAUUCUCAGAUGGUCGUAUCCUCUGCUACCUCAUCCAUCAUUAUCAUCCUGGUCAUCUCCAUGCAGAGGAGAUUCAACAGAGAACCACACAGACCAUUGAAUGUGGUCAUCGUGGCAGAGUUGAACUCAAUAACUCCUCCAGUGACUCGGAUUGCUCUUUUGAAAAUUUGGCCACAAUGCAGUCUGAAUCUGUUACAGUGGACUUCAGGGAGCUACUUGAGAAUGAGAAAAGUAACUUUCAGUUGGUGAACACUGCUGUGUCUUAUCUUGGAGGCGUGCCUGCUAUGAUAAAUCCAGAGGACAUGUCCAAUACUAUUCCAAACGAAAAGGUUGUCACUUGUUACCUCUCCUUCCUUUGCGCACGUCUUUUGGAUCUCCGUAAUGAAACAAGAGCAGCUCGAGUCAUUCAGGGUGCAUGGCGGAGAUACAAGCUUCAGAAGGACAUUGCGCUUAUGCAUGAAAAGAACCUGGCUGCCACUAAAAUACAAGCACUUGCACGGAAGUUCAUCCUGAAAAGAAGAUUGAUCCGACAGAAUAAGGCUGCUGUUAAGAUCCAAACAUUAUGGAGAGGGUACAGUGCACGGGAAAAGCUGAGAGUGCUGAAAAAAGAGAGACAUUAUGCACUUCAAAAUGCUGCUGCAACCUUAAUCCAGAAAACGUACAAAGCUUGGAGGGUUAAGAAUCUCCUAAAGAAGAACCGUUCCGCCUUUGUGAUUCAGGCAGCUUUCCGGAAAUGGCAUGCAAAGAAAAUGCUGGAAAGAAACACUGCAGCUUUGCGCAUUCAAGCAUGGUACAGAAUGCAGCUGUGUAAAAGACAAUACUUGGAAAUGAAACGGAAAGCAGUCUGCGUUCAAGCAUGGUUUAGAGGGCACCUUCAAAGAUCCAAGUUUCAGAAUUUAAAGAAAAGACAUCAUGCUUCAGUUGUCAUUCAGAGUGCAUUCAGGGCCUACCUCAUCAGGAAAGAGUUAUCUAAAAUGAAGCAAAAUGCAGUCUUGAUUCAGAGGUGGUUUCGAGCCUGCGUGCAAAGGAAAGCAGAACAGAAGAGGUAUUUUGAGAUUAAAUCGGCUGUUCUCGUUCUGCAAGCAGCUUUCCGUGGUUGGAAGGUCCGUAAAUCUGUUGCUCAACACCACCGAUCUGCACUAGUAAUUCAAACUGCCUUUAGGAGGUUUACUGCACAAAGGCAUUUUUUGUGCUUGAAAAGAUCAGCCAUAGUUCUGCAACAGAGAUACAGAGCUAAAGUGCAUGGAGGCAAGUUCCGGAAAGAAUACAUGGCUCUUAAAUCCGCUUCAGUGAGAAUUCAAGCAAUGUGGCGAGGACGAGCCGAGAGGAAGAAGAUCAGUCAACUCCACAGAUUUGCCAAAAUCAUUCAGUCAAACUAUCGGAGGCAUCUGGAACAGACAAGGUUUUUGCAAAUGAAACGGGCUGCUGUAGUUAUUCAAAGACAAUACAGAGCUUUCAGAGAUGGACAGAAAGUGCAUGCAGAAUACACCAAAAUCAAAAGAGCGGCCAUUAUACUACAGAGUGCGUAUCGUGGGAGGAGAAUAAGACAAGAACUGCAGAGGAAAAACAAAGCUGCGACUUUGAUUCAGUCUGUGAUGAGAGCACAUAUGUGCCAUCAGCAGUUUUUAGCUCAAAAACAUGCUGCUAUUGUCAUUCAGCAGCAGUUUCGGGCUUUUACAUUUGGACGAAUGGAAAGAAGCCACUAUAUGCGAUUGAGAAAGGCAACUAUAACCAUGCAGGCCAUAUAUCGGGGUUCCAAAGUGAGGCAGAAUUUAAAAAGAGAACAUCAAGCUGCUACUGUCAUUCAAGCCCAAUUCCGAAUGCAUAAGGUCCGCAUUCCUUUUGUUGCCGCAAAGUGUGCAGCUAUCCUUAUACAGCAGCAUUAUAGAGCCUAUAAGGUUGGCAAAACUGUGCAAGCUACUUAUUUACAAAUGAAAAAUGCGGCCGUAGUUAUUCAGUCAGCUUUCAGGGGGAUGAAAGUUCGCAACUACUUACGAAAAUCUCACCAAGCUGCAAAAGUGAUUCAGGCACAUUUCCGUGGACAUUCCCAACUCAAAAAGUACCGGAGACAACAGUGGGCCGCAUCAGUUUUACAGCAACGAUUCAGAGCAACGGUGACCAAAAAUGCUGUCAUGAAGCAAUAUGCAGCCAUAAAAACUGCAACAAUAUGUAUUCAGUCUGCUUUCCGCGGAAUGGUGGCGAGAAAGCAGAUCGCAGAAAAGCAAAAAUGUGCUAAAAUUAUCCAAAAGAUGUAUAGAGCAUACAAACAACGUCAUGAUUACCUUGCUCUUAGGAAUGCCACAAUUCGUAUUCAGCAACAAUACAGAGCAGUUGUAAGUGCAAGGCAACAGCAUCAAAGGUAUUGCUCCUUGCGAGCAGCUGCCAUCACUUUGCAGUCUUCUUACAGAGGGUUGAGGGCAAGAAAAGAAAUCAAUAGAAGACAAAAAGCAGCCACUGUGAUUCAGGCUGCUUACAAAAUGUACAGAACAAGAGUACCUUUCCAAGCCAUGAAACUGGCUUCAUUGGUAAUACAGAGGCAGUACAGGUGCCAUUUACUGAGAAAAAAGGCAAGAGAGAACUUCUUAAAACUAAAGCAGAGUGCAGUAGCAAUUCAAGCUAUAUACAGAGGAAAACUUGCACGCCGUGAUCUUGCUAGAAGGCAUUUUGCAGCCACAAUCAUUCAAAGAAAGUACCUUGCCUACAAACAAAGGAAGUGUUUUUUGACCCUUCAAGCUGCUGUUAUAUUCUGUCAACAACACUAUCGAUCCAUUUUGCUUACAAGGCAUGACCGAAAAGAUUAUUUGACUAAACGCAGAGCUGUGGUAGCAAUCCAGGCAAGUUUCAGAGGGAUGAAUGUCCGGCGCCAGAUCCGAAGAGAGCACAAAGCUGCAACAAUCAUUCAGUCCCAUGUGAGAAUGCGCAUCCUCAACUUGCGCUUCCAGCGACUUCGAUGGGCAGUCUGUACUGUUCAGCAACGUUUCAGAGCUAACAAAAUCAUGAGGCAAGAGAUGGCAGCACUACAGGAAAAGAAAAGUGCAGCUUUGAUUCUGCAAGCAGCCUAUCGUGGCAAGAAGACCAGACAGGCUUUGAAGCAAAUGCACCAAGCUGCAACAAUCAUUCAGUCCCAUGUGAGAAUGCGGAUCCUUAACUUGCGCUUCCAGCGACUUCGAUGGGCAGUCUGUACUGUUCAGGAGCGUUUCAGAGCUAACAGAAUCAUGAGGCAGGAGAUGGCAGCACUACAGGAAAAGAAAAGUGCAGCUUUGAUUCUGCAAGCAGCCUAUCGUGGCAAGAAGACCAGACAGGCUUUGAAGCAAAUGCACCAAGCUGCAACAAUCAUUCAGUCCCAUGUGAGAAUGCGGAUCCUUAACUUGCGCUUCCAGCGACUUCGAUGGGCAGUCUGUACUCUUCAGCGACAUUUCAGAGCUAACAAAAUCAUGAGGCAAGAGAUGGCAGCACUACAGGAAAAGAAAAGUGCAGCUUUAAUUCUGCAAGCAGCCUAUCGUGGCAUGAAGACCAGGCACACGUUGAAGCAAAUGCACCAAGCUGCAACAAUCAUUCAGUCCCAUGUGAGAAUGCGGAUCCUUAAUUUGCGCUUCCAGCGACUUCGUUGGGCAGUCUGUACUGUUCAGCAACGUUUUAGAGCUAACAGAAUCAUGAGGCAGGAGAUGGCAGCACUACAGGAAAAGAAAAGUGCAGCUUUGAUUCUGCAAGCAGCCUAUCGUGGCAUGAAGACCAGACAAACUUUAAAACAAAUGCACCAGGCUGCCACCAUUGUACAGGCAACUUACCGAGCUUAUAGUGGACGUAAGCGGUAUUUAGAAAUGAAAUGUGCUGCCAUUGAUAUUCAGCAAAGAUAUCGGGCUGUAAAUGCAGCAAAGCAGCAGAGAAAGAGUUAUCUUAAAGUGCGUCAAGGUGCACUUGUUCUACAAGCGUGCUAUAGAGGUCGUAAAGUUAGGAGGAACCUGCAACUACAGUGCCAAGCCGCUGUCUUGAUUCAAUCAUAUUUUAGAAGACACAAAGAGAUGGUUAAGUACCAGGCCAUGAAGCUGUCUGCUGUCAUUAUCCAGAGCCAUUUCAGGUCAUACAUCCAGGCUAGAGCAGAUCGGAAGAACUAUCAACAUUUGAGAAAAUCUGCCAUAGUCAUUCAAGCUGCUUUUAGAGGACACUCUCUCAGGAGACAUUUAGCAAGAAAGCAAGAAGCUUCUGUUAUCAUACAGGCCAGCUUCCGCAUGUAUCAGCAAAGGUCAGCAUUUAAGAAACAGCGCUGGGCAGCCAGGGUUCUCCAGCAGAGGUUUAGAGCUUUAAAACUUCGAGAUGAGCAUGUGUGUCAAUACCAACAGGUGAGGAAUGCUGCUGUAUGUCUGCAGAGGUAUUUCAGAGGGAUGAAGGGGAGAGAAUUGGCUAGACGAAGCAAGGCCGCAAGAACUAUCCAGUCCUUCCUAAGAAUGUCUGUCCAACGACAGCGUUUCAUGAAAGAAAAGGCUGCAGCCAUUGCAAUUCAAUCUGCCUACAGAGGUCAUUUUGCUAGAGCUCAGUAUACUAGAAUGCAAGCAGGUACAGUGCUCAUCCAGAAGUGGUACAGAUCACGCAAACUGGUCCAGGAGGAUCGGAAAAGAUUUGUUGCUGUUAGACAAGCUACGCUUACCUUGCAGUCUGCCUUGAGGGGAAUGCUGGUGAGGAGGCUUGCAAAAAGAAGAAGGGCUGCAAUAAAGAUUCAGUCUGUGAUGCGCAUGCACAUACAACGCAAGCGCUAUGUAACUCUCCGUGCAAGUGCCCUGAAGUUUCAAGCUCAUUACAGAAUGUUAGUGGCCCAAAGAAAAUACCGUCGAUUGCAGGCUGCAACUGUUACUCUUCAAAAGCAUUACAGAUCUCAUAGGGCUACAUUGGAGCAGAGGUGCAGUUAUCUGAAGACUCUCCAAAACAUAAAAAAACUUCAGGCCAGAGUACGUGGACACAUUGCGUACAAACGAUUUCAGAGAUUGAGAACAUGUGCCAUCACCAUUCAGGCAAAUUAUCGAGGGAUGAUUGAGAGACGCAGGUUUCACCAACUCAAGGAGUGUGCAUUGGUUAUACAGAAGCAUUACAGAGCUUUCAUUCUUUGCCAGAAAGAGCGUUCAAAGUUUCUUCAGCUGCGACAAUCUGCUGUUGUGAUACAAAGAGCAUAUCGAGCUUAUCAAAAAAGACAAAAUGCAAUGAAAGCACAGGCUGCACUGAAAAUUCAGGCUUGGUUCAGAGGACGCCUUGCUAGACGCAACUACAUCUUAAAACAAGCCGCUAGUGCCACCAUUCGAAGAUGUAUCCAAGCGAGACGCCAACGCUCUAAAUUUCUAGCAGUCCAGCACAGUGUCCGAGUGAUUCAGCAAAGAUGGAGGGAAACUCUCAGCUCAAGAAAACAGCAUGCUGAGUUCCUAAAGUUGAUAAAGUCUGUUAUAUACAUCCAGGCGUUGUGGAGAGGUCGGAGACUAAGGGAUUCCAUUCAAAAGCAAGCAACAGCUGCUGUGAAGAUACAGUCAGCUUUCAGAGGCUCUAUUCAAAGGCGGCGCUAUCAUCAGCAGAGAAAUGCUGCCAUAACCUUACAGAGGCAUUUCAGAGUCCUGCGACUUGCCAGAGUGAAGGAAGAAAAUCUAAGACGACGACACAAUGCUGCCAUUUAUAUUCAAGCUUUGUGGCGUGGUUGGCUUGCAAGACAGCAGGUAAAAGAAAUGGCUUUUGCCGCAAGACGCCUUCGUUUCACAGCUGCUGUUUACCAUCAUCUGUCCGCAAUAAAGAUCCAGAGAGCUGUGCGUGCACACUGGGCCCUUAAAUCAGCCAAGAAGAAGAUCUCAUCUGUCCUAUACAUCCAGCAAUGUUUUAGGGCAAAACUGCAGAGAAAGAAAUAUCUAAAAGACAGAGAAGACAUCAUCAAGACCCAGAGAGCAGUGAGAUCUUGGUUACAUCGCCGCAACCAGGCUGCCUCUAUUAUCCAGCACGCAGUCAGGAAGCUGCUUUUUAGACGUCGCAAGGAGAGGCUACAACGUGGUAUAAUAAGGGCACAGGCACUCUGGAGGGGUCAUUGUUCAAGAAAACUUCAUGAUACGAACAAAGUCAUUUCCAUGCGGCAGCGUCUCAGAGAAGUAAAUCAAAGGGUGAAGGAAGAGGACAAGCUGUGUAACAAGACCACAACAGCGCUGACUUACCUGCUAGGACUCCAGAAUUAUGCUUUCAUACUUGCAGCAUUGAAACACUUGGAAACUGCCACCAGGCUUUCUCCAGAGUGUUGUGAACGUCUUGUGGAAAGUGGAGCAACACACACCAUUUUUACUUUGAUAAGGAGCUGCAACCGAAGUGUGCCUUCAAUGGAGAUCAUCACAUUAUCCAUCCAAGUCCUCCUCAACUUAUCAAAAUACCACAGAACCAUUGAUGCCGUUUAUGAUGUGGACAACUCUGUAGAAACCCUACUGGAUCUUCUGCAGAUUUACCGAGAGAAAGCUGGAGAUAAGGUUGCAGAUAAAGGCGGCAGCAUCUUCACCAAGACUUGCUUUCUUUUGGUUCUUUUAGUCCAGGAUGAGAGAAGAGCAAUGGAGAUUCGAAGGCUUCCAAAGGUUAUGGAUCGAAUUCGCAGCAUCUACCGACUCACUCUUCGAAAAUGUAAGAUGGAUGCUGAGAGAAACAAAGUCAAGCAGAAAAUGAACACUUCUCUCAAUGGAAGUUUUCUUCUCCAGGCCACCCCUCGUAAAUCAAAACCAGUGGCCAGGUUUGCUCCAGACUGGGUUUUACGGCGUGACAAAAUGAAGGACAUUGUGGAUCCUCUCCGUGCUAUUCAGAUACUGGCUAAUGCUCUUGCUAUUGUGCCUUGAAAAUAUUGAAGCUAAAAAAACGGCAAUGUGUUUUAUUGUUUUUCAAAAGUGUGUUAGGCUUGUAAAUAUUGUGCAUUCUUUGCAUUGUGUAUAUGUUUUUAUUACAUUAUCACUCAAAUGUUGUGGACGAAUGCUAUCUGUGCAUAUUAUGGUCUGUACUGAGAUGCUCAUGUUAGCUCUUAUAUGCUGUAAAUACAAGUGCUUUUUACGCAUUUUAAUUGAACAUUAAAAAAACCACAGCUUUUCCCAUUUGCA